GAUGGUGAAGCAAUGUAAACAAGAAUUCUGCUUCACUUCUAAAGUGACUGACAAGCAGGAAUCACCGGCUCCUCCACAACAGAAAUGUCUUUCCGAGUCUGGCUACUGAUCAUACUAGUGCAGCUCCUGCUCCUUGGGACUCUCUCCAUUGAGCUAAUCAGCAUCAAAGAGAUCACAGUUUUAUGGGGCUCAGACCUAACUAUUCCAUGCUCCUACCAGCCAACUUCCAGUUACUCAGAGAACAGGCUGAAAUGGACAAUCAUGCAGUCCACAAGAGAAAAGUCAAUCUUUUCCCGUCAUGGAGAUGAGAGCAUCAUUUCCCUCCUGGAAUACAGAGGACGUGCUUCUGUGCCAGACAUCAGCACAGUGGGAAACGUGUCCCUCACUUUAACUAAGGUGACUUUUGAGGACCGAGGAGAUUACAUCUGUGAAGUUGACUUGCGCUCCGAAGAUGGCCAGAUAACACCAUUGAGUGCUCACACCAAGAUCAUCAUACUCAGAGUGCCAGUUUCAAAGCCAGUGAUCACCAAUGUCAUGUCCCCACAUACUAUCUUUGACGGAGAGGCUUUGAGGAUGUACUGCACAACAAGCGGGUCUCCACCUGUCAAAUACAGAUGGUACAAGAAGAAGUCAGAUGGCUUCGAGCAGGUGAUGGAGUUAACAGGCUCUCUAUCAAUACGUCAUGCUACCCUGUCCGACAGUGGCGAGUAUUACUGCACGGCUGAAAAUAAGGCUCCAGAGGUCAUCAACAGGAAGAGUGACCCAGUGUUGGUCACAGUGCUAGUUUCCUUUCUUCUUGGAGCUUGGCAUGAAACGACAUCUCCAGACUUCGAGGAUGAGAGUAAAGCUCUGACCACCACCUCCUCCUCCUCCUCCUCCUCCUUCUGCUCUUCUGUAGCAAGAACUAGCACUAAACCUGCUCUGUAUGAUUUAACAUCCCAGGUAUUUGAGACGGAUAAGUCAACUGUCAAAGAUGCUGUGACUGUGUACCCUUCUUCAAGUAGAGCCAGCAUCAUUACCAGUAAGAAACAAGUUUUCUUUCCUACCUACACUUCAAGAGACACUUUGUCCCAGUACGAUGUAACAUCCCAGUUAUUUGAGACAAAUGCCGCAACUGACAAAGUUCAGUAUAAUGUGCCAUUCCAGAUAUUUGAACACCAUAACCCAGCCGAGAAAGGAGCUGUGACCAUGUACUCUUCCACCAGCAGAGCUGUGACUGCUACCACUCACUUGCGUUCUUCAUUAGCGACUGUCAUCUUUAUCACCUUGAUCAGUGCAGUGGCGCUGGCUGUUCUCAUCAGCCUCGCUAUCUGCAUCUACAUGAGGAAGAAGAAAGGGAAGAAGAAAUUUGGGUAUAAUAGCGCUCCCCUGGACAAUGCCGCUGAACUUAAGAACCUGAAUAUUUGAAGAAAAUCCUGACUCCUCUGAAGCUGAAGCCGAACAGGAGACUUGCAGGAUAUUUUGUGUGUGCAUGAGAGUUUGCUUUGCCAUCACUUUGGGUGCUCAUUUCUAGAAGGCACUAGUUCAGAGUUAGCAAAUUGUUGUUAAGUUGGACAAGUGUGUUCUCCCUGUUCUGAAUCCAGUGUUGAAAUAUCACGCUAUAUGCAGCUUACUUUACAAAAGUUUCGUUCAAUAACAUGGGUUUAGCUGUCUACUUCAUGAUACAUUGACCAGUGAUUUAAAAUGAGGUGCCGUCAUGGGACUGGCUUUGUUAGGCCAAACUCUUAAAAGUUGUGAGUGGAAGGGGUCACAAUCUCAGAGUAAAGUCUUUGUCAGGUCUUUAUAUUCUUCAAGGACCUACCAUGAUGGAUAAGCAGGGCAGCUUCAGUAGUAGCCAUUUCUCUUGUAAAGGUUUUUUUAUAACCAUUUUGAAUGUCAAAGCAUAGUGUGAAUAAAAUUAGAGUGUGCAAGUGUUA